AUGCCAUCAAUAAACAGUGCAUUUAUUGAACAUUUCUAUGGAAUACAAAACAACCAAGAGUUGCAAAUAGAUCGCCUUACUCGAGUUCCUGUUGCUCCACCACCAGGUGUCGAUCCUGUUGCUCCGACACCGGUUGGCAGUCCAGUUGCUCCACCACCGGUUGGGAGUCCAGUUGCUCCACCACCAGGUGCAAAGCCUCUUACUCCGCCACCAGUUGUCAAUCCAGUUGCUCCACCACCAGGUGCAAAGUGUCCUACUCCACUACCGGUUGGGAGUCCAGUUGCUCCACCACCAGGUGCAAAGCCUCCUACUCCACUACCCGUUGGGAGUCCAGUUGCUCCGCCACCCGUUGGCAGUCCAGUUGCUCCGCCACCGGUUGGGAGUCCAGUUGUUCCGCCACUAGUUGUCAAUCCUGUUGCUCCACCACCAGGUGCAAAGCCUCUUACUCCGCCACCGGUUGUCAAUCCAGUUGCUCCACCACCAGUUGCUCCGCCACUAGUUGUCAAUCCUGUUGCUCCACCACCAGGUGCAAAGCCUCCUACUCCACUACCGGUUGGAAGUCCAGUUGCUCCACCACCGGUGCGAUCCUGUUGCUCCACCACCGGUUGGAGUCCAGUUGCUCCACCACCAGGUGCAAAGCCUCCUACUCCACUACCGGUUGGGAGUCCAGUUGCUCCACCACUAGUUGUCAAUCCUGUUGCUCCACCACCAGGUGCAAAGCCUCUUACUCCGCCACCAGUUGUCAAUCCAGUUGCUCCACCACCAGGUGCAAAGCCUCCUACUCCACUACCGGUUGGGAGUCCAGUUGCUCCACCACCGUUGUCGAUCCUGUUGCUCCACCACCAGGUGCAAAGCCUCUUACUCCGCACCGUUGUCAAUCCAGUUGCUCCACCACCAGGUGCAAAGCCUCCUACUCCACUACCGGUUGGAGUCCAGUUGCUCCACCACCAGGUUGCAAAGCCAUCCUAG